UUAGAAUAAUUCGAUUAGGCAAAUUUCAAUUUUAUCUGAAUUUGGAAACGCACUCGCAUCAAGGGGCCUAAAGCUAUAGCCAGUCGUAGGCAUCUCUCUGGAAUCUCACUAUUUAAAAUAUUUCGGAUCUUAUUUUCGGGUGGAAAUUUGGGAUAUGUGAUUUAGCUUUUAGUUUCAAUACAAGUUUUUAUAGCAGCUUUUAUACUUUUAUUUAACUAUAAUAAUAGUCGAUAGUAGUGUAGGGAUAUAUCUUAUAUAUAUGUAUAUGUGUAUGAAAUCCCAUUGAAUCAUUUGGACCAACACAGCACAAGUUGAGCUUCCAAGGAUUAUACGAGUAAUUUCGACCGCCUGGAGUAUUUUUCAAGCCGGAACCAUUAACGGUCUAGUGAUAUAUAGAUAUAGCGUAUCCAUUAGGGUAAUGGCGCCGCGCCGGCUAAGGGCCACGAACGUGGUCUACACUCGGAACUCGAAGCAGUGGUCGCGCAACGAGAUCAUCUCAUGGAUCAAUGACACCCUGGACACCGAUGUGCAGAAGAUCGAGGAUCUCUGCACUGGCGCUGCCUACUGCAACCUGAUGGACAUUCUGUUCCCGGACCUGGUCCGCAUGCACAAGGUGAAGUUCGUCUGCAAUCAGCCGACUGAGUUCAUCGAGAACUUUCGCGUGCUCCAGCAGAGCUUCAAUGCCGUCAACGUGAACACGCCCAUUGACAUCGAGCUGCUGGUGAAGGGGCGCUUCCAGGACAACUACGCCUUCGCACAGUGGUUCAAACUGUUCUACGAGACGAACUUCGUUCAGAUGCCGCCCAACUAUGAUCCACUUGUGGCUCGCGGCUACAUGCCCAUUGUGAUCGGGCAGGCCAGCCUGUUUAGCGGAAAUCGCGCCCGCUCCGCCCCGCCGGUUAAGCCACAGGAGCCGAGAUUCAUCAAACUGUCGCGCAGCAGGACGCUCGUCAUGGACGUUGGGCCCGAGGCGCCACUGGGCGAACAGAUCACCGAAUACCUUCAGCCGUCCGCUGCUCCAGGCACCAUUGGCCGAGUCUCGAAGCGACAGCAAAUUGCACCGAAAGGACGUCCUACGGGCAAUCCGAAGACCGCCUGCUCCGGCACCCCAAGGGGCAACUCCGGCAACCCGAAGACCUGCUCCGGCACCCCGAGGGGAGGCGCUGGCUCGCCCAGGGCCCAGCUGGAAGCAUUGUGCGGACAGCGCACCACGGUGAGAGUGCACCGCAGCAUUUCCAAAUUAUCGCCGACAUCAUACAAAGUGCAGCAAAACGUGACACGCGGACAGCCCGCGCUAGGGACGCAGCCCACAUCGCGGGUGAAGCCCGAGUCCUUGCGACCACAGCAGGGUCAGUGCGGCCAGUACGGUCAGACUGGAUUGGCCAGGGCAAAGGCAGAUUUGCCGAGCACCUCACGAGUGCAGCCGAUAGUCUCACGGGCCGCGGGCGCAGGCAGGGUGCAGGCCGUGAGCUCGCCGCGCAUGCAGCCGAUAGUCUCACGUGCUGCGGGCACAACCCGGAUACAGGCGCGCCAGGAGGACACCUCCUCCAAUCAGGCGAAGUCGCGUCCGACCGUGCAGCGUUCGCAGUCAGCUCUGGAGUCAAGCAUUGAUUUGUUGAUGCCGCGCGUAAAGAACUUGCCUUAUCUGAUCUUACCGAUACCCGAGUCUUUGUCGCCGCGCAGUGACCUGACAUUGAUAAUGGACAAUAGACCACAACAAGCGGACGAGGAGAAUCAGCAGCAAGAGGGUAAGGAGGAGAUGAAGGAGCAGGUGGAUGAGAUGGAUGAGGUGGAUAAGGUGGAUGAGGAGGAGGAGGAGGAUAUAUCGGCUUGCAUAAAGCCGACGCCACGGUCGAGGCUGCUUCGCAUCUUGGAGAUAUUCAUGCCGAAGAAGAGUCCAGGCAGCGAGAAGAAUUAGCUAGUUUAGCAGUCGGCGGAUCAGUCCAGCGGUGAGGUCACAUCGCGUCCUGAAAAGGGGCGACAUUGCAUCAACAUUAAACACGCCCACCCCGACGAGACGCCGCUGCACAAUCCUAUGAGUUCAUCUACUCAGUGUUAAUAAAAAUAGACCACAGA